UGCAGUUCUCUCCGCGCUUCGCCUCGAAACAGGAACCUCUGAAACAUCCCGUGCACGUGCAGGACGCGCCGCUUCAUCAGCAUCAGCAUCAUGGUCGAGCAGUUUGUCGGAACCUGGGCUCUGCUUGGCAGCGAUAACUUUGAUGAAUACAUGAAGGCAAUCGGUGUGAACUUUGCCACACGGCAAAUGGGCAACUUGGCGAAGCCUAAACUGGUGAUCAGCGUGGACGGAGGAGUCAUUUCAAUGAAGUCCGAGAGCACGUUCAAGAAUACGGAGAUCAAGUUCAAGCUGGACGACGAGUUCGACGAGACCACCGCCGACGGCAGACAGACCAAGACCCUCAUGACGCUGGAGAAUGGGAAACUGAUUCAGAAGCAGACGUGGGAUGGGAAAACCACCGUAUUGGAACGGGAGGUUCGCGAUGGGAAGCUAAUAAUUAGAUGUGUCAUGGACGACGUUGUUGCAGUGAGGACCUACGAGAAGGCUUAACUCUGUCAACCAUGUUGAGCUUGAACCUGUAUCAUGCACUAAACUAUUAAAUGACCGUGGCUUAAGUUAAAAUAA